UGCAGCCCGUGUUUACUUCCUGUUUGGGGUAACUUGUUCCUGUGUGUGUGUGUGUGCUACUGCUGCUGCAGCCUCCAGCAAAACGUCAAGUUACCGACAGUAUUUGUCUCGACUUUUAAAUCUUACGAUGAUGAAGAUAUAAGUGCGCUGUCUGGGUUCGGAGCUAGCCUGCCAAGCUAACCGGCUGCUAAAAUACUGUGGGGUAGCAACAGUCGCCAAGGCAACAAUGAACAUCCUUCCAAAAAAGAGCUGGCACGUGCGCAACAAAGACAACGUCGCGCGCGUCCGGAGGGACGAGGCCCAGGCAGCAGAAGAGGAGCGCGAGGCCAAGCGUCGCGUGGAGCGUGCAGAACAAGAGGCCCGUACAGAGUAUCUGAGGAGGAAAUCUCGAGCUGCUCUCGAGGCAGCGGGAGGAAGGAGAGAUGAGGACGACGAUGAACAGAGUGGAGGAAGUAGAGCUCUGGAGCAUCUCAACCUUUUUCCUCUGGAGGAGUCCUCGGAGAAGAAAGGAAAUGAGGAGUAUCUCAAAGAAAAGAAAGAUGAAAAGGAGAAGCAGGAGCGAGCCAUCGGCUUACUGGUGUCUUUAGGACCUCAACCAGGGACUGAGGUGACUCCAUGGUAUCUGAAAACCAGCGCAGACAAAGAAGAGCAAAGGAGCAAAGACAAAGAAAAGAAGAAGGGAAUUAGUGAAGAGGAGAGAGAAAAGAAAGAUCGUAGAUUAAAGGACAGUCUGGACCCGUUGAAAGACAUGAAGAAAGCUAUGGGUGUGAAAGACAGAAAGGAGCACAAGAGCAGGACAAGGGAAAAGAGAGACAAAGGAGAGAAGAGGAGCAGUGGAGAGAGCUCCAUAGAAAGGUUACGAGCUGAGAGGUUGCAGAGGGAGGCUGAAGAAAGGAGGAGAGCUCAGGCCCUUAUUGACCAGAAGAACAACAAAGGGAAGGAGCCUGGGAGAGAAGUAAACGAGAGGGAGAGGCCGUACAACAGCGCCUACUUCCCAGAACUUGCCAGAAAGCGUCAAAGACGGGAUCAGGAUAGCUGGAGAGAUGAGAUUUUGAAAUCUUGAGUUGUCCUUGUUGUGUUUUUUUGUUUUUGUUUUUUUGAAGACUGCUGUGUGUCCCUUCAUCAAGAAAAUUGUUAUUUUCUAAAAGUUGGUGAGAUUUUAGGACCCCAAUGUCCCAUUUUCAUUUAAGUUAUUUCCCGCCAUAAAACGUUGCAGAGGUUAGGGGUCAUGUUCAGCCGCAGCUUCCUCUGCCCCUGCAGCGUUUCGCUCUUGAACGCAUCAGCGGGGCAGAUGGUUGCCAUCACAGGGGGCUUGAAGCUCAGGCUGUCAACACAGACAACACUCUGUGAACAACUGUUCUUAUAUUAAUGUGAAAAUCUGUAUGUAUGCAUGAAGACAUUGUGACUGUGCUGAACCUAUAAAUCCAUCUACACAACUAUUUGAUUGCUUUCUUAUACCGAUGACCGAUCAAACGUUUAACUCAGUUUUCAGUCAGUUCUACGACCUUUGGCGCUUUUCCUUUUCUGAAUGGACAUCUUUUAGUUUUGUUGGUUGUCACCGUGGGCUCCAAAAAAAUGAUUUGUAAUGUAUAUUAACUUGCCAUUUCAUUAGGUACAUUUGUGAAAACCAAAGCCUCUUCUUAUUUACCAGUCCUGCACUAAAUUAUUUUGACAACACCAUUUUAGUUGGAGAGCUGUUGGCUAAAUAACAGAACCCCCUUUGUGUUUCAUUCAGUGCAAUUCAACUGGACCACAAACUACAUCCUCCAAAUUUUUCAUAGAGUUUAAUAUAUUUAGAACGUGAAGUGGUUUCACUACAGGACUGUGUACCUAAUGAACCGGCAAGUAAAGACAAACGCCGGUAAAUGUUGAUCAUUAGAAAGAAAAUAGAUUGUUAAAGGUUCAUUUUUUGUUAUUUGAUUGCUCAAAGUAAUUAAACAUUUGCCCGUUUUGUUGGUGGUGUGGGCCUUUCCACUGAAGACACUUGUGCGUGUCACAGUAGGAAAGGACAGGUAUGAAUAAUAAAAUGAAUGCAUUCCAAGCAA